AAACAUACCAAACAUCGUGUACAUAAAAUAAAGACCAAAACAAAGACCGACAGAGAAAGAAAACGGAAAAAGACCCUUCACAUCCUUCGCAGUCUUGCCUUUGUCUUCACGCAUCGCCCUAUCUUCCAUUUCCAGAAAAAAAAGCCACAAUGAGCGAGGACAAAGCCGAGGCGAAGAAGACUGGCGAGGACACAGCCGCCAUCACGACCUACGACGACCUCAACGACCUCGCAGGAUCACAGGACAUACGGACGCUUCUGAUCCUCGUCUUGAUCUCCUUCGGAACAUUUAUCAACCCACUCCAGACAAUUAAUUACCAGUUCUUGGGUGCCACUCCGGACUACUGGUGCCACGUUCCCGCUCUGGUGGAUGCCAACUGGACUCAAGAACAGAUCCUAAGUCUAGCUAUUCCCAAUGGGAACACCAGUAGCCAACGCAGUAGUUGUGUCAUGUACGACUACAAUUUCACUUUAGCGGCUGAGUUGGGCUUCGAAGUGGCCGCCUCGAGUCCAGAGUUCUCCCUCGAGGAUGGCGAGGAGGUCAGGACAGUGAAGUGCUCCUCGAGGGAUUUCGACAGGAACCAGUACGAGUCAACGGUCGUCACGGAGUGGGAUCUGGUAUGCGAGCGCCGUGUUUUGUACUCGACAACUCAGGCUGUCAGUCAGGUGGGAACUCUGCUUGGCUCGCUUGUGGUCGGCUACCUCUAUGAUGUGCAGAGCAAAGACAACUACGGGCACUUCUUAUCUCAUAUUAUAACCACAGCCUUCGUGAUUCCUCAUAGUAAAGACGAAACCUGCCAAGAUGACCUGUCAAAGACUGGGUGGAUCUUCCGAUCGGCGUAG